UUGGGGCCCCUUUCUAGCUCUGCUGCACCCAGCCUCCUUCUGGAGAGAACCGUGGCCCCUGCUACACCUUACGUCUGUGACAGAGUGCACGGAAUAUUGGUGUCUUCCUUUUCUGAAGAGCAGCUGAAUCGCUACGAGAUGUAUCGUCGUUCUGCUUUUCCCAAGGCUGCUAUUAAACGGCUGAUCCAGUCUAUCACUGGCACCUCAGUCUCUCAGAAUGUGGUGAUUGCCAUGUCUGGGAUUUCCAAAGUCUUUGUUGGGGAGGUGGUAGAAGAAGCACUGGAUGUGUGUGAGAAGUGGGGAGAGUUGCCACCUCUUCAGCCCAAACACAUGCGUGAGGCAGUCAGGAGGCUGAAGGCCCGGGGACAGAUCCCAAAUUCCAAGUAUAAAAAAAUCAUCUUCCAGUAACGUGGGCAGGAGAAGGUGGAAGAGGAGCGCACAGUCUUCAGCUGCAUACGAUGCAACUUUGAAGUUGGUUCCACCUUCCAAGCCUGAUGCACUUCCAGCAUCCAUUCUAAUCUUGUGUCUGCAGUCUUCUCCAAACACACCAGAACCACAAGAAACCCCAUGGCAAAAGUGCAACUAAACUGAGUUCAUAAAGCCUGAGAAGCUGGCUGCAAUGCUGCCAUGAACAACUCGAGUAUGGUAGAUGGUUGCUAAAAAGAGAGA